AUGUCUACAGAAACCCUCAAAAUAAUCGUCGAAUUCACUGGCGGUCUCGAAAUGUUAUUUUCCGACCAACGAAACCACAAAUUGGAGAUCCCCAAAACAGAUUCCAAGGGCGAUCAUGUUACAGUGGGCUGGUUGGUAAAUUAUCUCUGCGAUGAAAUCAUGCAAGAUUCAAGAAAAGACAUGUUUGUUCUGGACGAUCACGUGCGUCCAGGAAUCCUAGUCCUGAUCAACGAUGCGGAUUGGGAGCUGGAAGGCGAAACCUCGUACGCAUUACAGCCCAAUGAUAAUAUUUUGUUCGUGUCGACGCUUCAUGGGGGCUGA